GCAUCGAGAAAUCAACAGUUAUGUGAUGGAUCGCAUCCCCACGUAUAUGGAUAAAACCCUCCGCGCCACGUCAUCACCACGUCCGUACGCAGACUGCUCUUCCUAUCCAAAAAUAGUUUCACCCCCCGUUCGCGUUACCGCAUUAAGGAAUUCUUUCUCGCAUUUCCCAAAACACCAUAGAAGUAUUCAUUUCUUUUCCUGAGCUUUCCUCUUUCUCACCGAUGUCACUCAAGCUGCACCAUCAAAGUUUCGUUUCCUCCAGAUGCUAUGCAAGGAAGACAGUCCGUGUCAGGGUUUCUUUGUUACAAAAGGAAUACAUUGAUUUAAGUCACAUAUUGCCAGAUUUUAGGAACCAUUGCAUAAACCUUCGCAAAUCAAGAAAGAUAAAACACCUUUUGCCUUUUGCUUCUGCUGAAGAUGGGGUUACAGUUAAUCAGAGUUCUAAGUCUUGUACUAGCACUGAGAUUGAGGAAAUGAGAAUGAAACUUGAUCUAUCUCUGCAAAGUGAGGACAAUAGUUCUGGACUUUUGCAAUCAAUCCAUGAUGCUGCCAGGCUAUUUGAGCUUGGAAUUAAACAACAGGGAUCAUUAUCAAGAAUGCCAUGGUUCUCAACUGCCUGGCUAGGUGUAGACAACACUGCUUGGGUGAAGGUGCUAUCCUAUCAGGCAUCUGUAUACUCUCUACUUCAAGCAGCAAAUGAUGUCUCAUCUCGAGGGGAUGGAAGAGACAAAGAUAUCAAUGUUUUCAUCCAGCAGAGUGUAUUAAAGCAAACUGCUCCCCUGGAGAGUGUAAUUAGAGAUAAACUAUUAGCAAAACAACCUGAAGCGUAUGAAUGGUUUUGGUCUGAACAAAUCCCCACAGUGGUGGCCACCUUCGUUAAUUAUUUUGAGAGUGAUCAGCGCUUUGUUGCUGCAACUGCAGUGACUGGAAUAGGAGGAGUAUCUUCUUCUCCUGACAAUACUAGUGAUGUUACACUUCUCAUGCUUGUUUUGAGCUGCAUUGCAGCAAUUAUAAAACUUGGUCCAGCAAAAGUUUCUUGCGUACAAUUCUUUUCUAUUAUUCCUGAUACCUUGGGGAGAUUGAUGGAUAUGCUUACUGAAUAUAUCCCUAUAGAAAAAGCUUAUAAUUCACUAAAGAAUACUGGUUUACAUAGAGAAUUUCUUGUUCACUUUGGUCCUCGAGCUGCAGUUUGCAAUGUGAGAAAUGAUCAGGAAGGCAAUGAUGAGGCUGCAUUUUGGGUUGGUCUAAUCCAGAAGCAACUACGGCAAGCUAUAGACCGGGAGAGAAUAUGGUCCAGACUCACAACGUCUGAAAGUAUUGAGGUGCUUGAGAGAGAUUUGGCUAUAUUUGGGUUCUUCAUUGCUUUGGGGAAAACUACACAAUCUUUUCUAUCUGCAAAUGGGUACGAUCUUCUGGAUGAGCCUAUUGAAGGACUUAUCAGGUACCUAAUUGGUGGCAGCAUUCUAUACUACCCUCAGCUUUCAUCAAUAAGUUCUUAUCAACUGUAUGUAGAGGUUGUGUGUGAAGAGCUAGACUGGCUUCCUUUUUAUCCCGGAUUUAGCAGUAAUACCAAGUGCAAACUUGAGCAUAGAAGUAAAGAACUCCCGAAUUCUGAAGCUGUACUGCUAGUGUUAGAUGUUUGCUGUUACUGGACUCAGAGCUUCAUCAGAUAUAGCAGAUGGCUGGAGAACCCUGUCAAUGUCAAGGCAGCCAGAUACGUUUCAACAAUGCAUGUCAAGAUAAAGAAGUGUAUGACAGAUCUUGGGAUAGAGAAGAACCAUUCUGGAGCUUAUUCACGGACUGAGAAUGAGCCAAAUUCUUUUGACAAGGCGAUGGAGAGUGUCGAAGAAGCUCUAAUAAGGCUAGAGGGAUUGCUUAAGCAGCUGCAUAUGUCAAGGAACAGUUCUGGAGAGCAUUUCAAAGCUGCUUGUUCUGACCUUGAGAAGAUAAGAAGACUUAAGAAAGAGGCUGAGUUUCUAGAGGCAUCUUUCAGUGCAAUGGCUGCUUCUCUUGAGAAGGGAGAUACCGCUGCACGCUCGUCAUCUUUAAUAAAAGAGCAACACCAAUAUUCAAGAGGUGAAGAUGACAUUAAUGCUAAUAAUAGAGAUAUGAGCAACAGGGGACAUGGACUAUGGAGCUUCUUGGUACGUAGCCAAAAUAAAGCCUCCGACAGUUCAUCACCAGCUCCCACCGAAAAUGAUGGUGGAAGGUUUAAAGAAGCAAUGGCGGAUGCAGGAACAAUUGACUCCAAAACGAAUGAGGUUCAGCGAUUCAAAAUAUUACGGAGUGAGCUAAUGGAACUUGAGAGGCGGGUUAAAAGAAGUGCUGAUUGGAAUGAAAGUGAAGAGGAGGAAAUUCAGAUGGCAGCUGAAAGUGUUCAACUUGUUCCUCAUCAGAAGAAAGAGAACAUUAUCGGAAAAUCAUUGGAGAAACUAAAAGAAACAAGCACGGAUGUUUUGCAAGGCACUCAGCUUCUUGCUAUUGAUGUUGCUGCAGCUAUGGAGCUGCUUAGGAGGGCCAUAAUAGGGGAUGAAUUGACAGAAAAAGAGAAACAAGCACUCAGAAGAACUUUAACUGAUUUAGCAUCUGUCAUACCGAUUGGUUUUCUUAUGCUUCUUCCUGUCACUGCAGUUGGGCAUGCAGCCAUGUUGGCUGCAAUACAAAGAUAUGUACCAGCAUUGAUUCCUUCUACAUACGGGCCUGAAAGGCUAGCCCUCCUUAGGCAGCUUGAGAAGGUGAAAGAAAUGGAAACCGAGGUGAAUCCCAAUGAGAAGGCCGACGAAUAGUCUAACUUAGGAAAACUUUGUAUAUGCUAUUCUUUGAUUGGUUGGCAGGUAGGCACCAAUGGCUGCAGUGUUAUGAAGCAUCAGCUAUUGUGCCUGUUCCCUGUGGUUUGAAGGGGUGCCGUCUCUCCUGACCUCACACAGAUAAGUGGUAUUUAUACACCAAUGACUGUGGUCUGUUUUGGGUGCUGUACUUGUAUGACAGUAACCACUUAAAAGUUCCACCUGAAAUUUACAAUUGUUCACUAACAAUGCAAUUAAUUUUACUUGCCUGUAAUGCACUGGGGAGUAGCGGCAAAAAAGGAAGAAUCUUGGGCUUCAAAUUCUGUGUUACCCAGAAAGCUGAUGUAACUUCCAUUGUUAUGUUCACAUCCUCCCCUUCCUGGAAAUAAAUGCCUCUCAAAUACAAAAUACAGUACUCCUAAUCGAACAUUGUUAAAUGGGGUAUACCUUGUCACAGGAAAUUGAUAUGCAGUUUAGUUGAUGUGUUUAUGUUUGUUUCAUAGUAAUCCAAUUUGUAAUGUUGACCAGCAUUGUCACUGAAACACUCCAUCUAACCAAGGUUUCAUAUUCUCACCAUGUCUGAGCUAUUUUCUUACCUAUUGAUUGGUUUUGUACUUCAUCGUUCCACCAAUAUCCGGCGCUGAAUAUAAGAACAAAUGAUCCAACCCAA